AUGUAUUUUCCUCUUUCGUGCAAUGAUAUAGCAACCAGGAUGAACUUAAUCUCGAGGGUCCAUGGCAUUCAAGAAGCAGAGAAAUAUGCUAAUGCCAUCCCACAGAAGUUAAAAGGGUUUAUGGUUUAUACAGCUCUUCUCAACUGCUAUGCACGUGAAAAAGAUGUGGAGAAGGCAGAGGCAACUUUUAAGAAGCAGACGGACAUUGGGGUUAUGAGGUCCCCUCUAGUUUUCAAUAUAUUGAUGUAUCUUUACUUCCAGACAGGUAAUAAUGAGAAACUAGAUGCCUUGAUGUCCAAAAUGGAAUCAGAGGGCACUCCAUUUGACCAAUAUACUUUCUGCAUCCGCUUCGCUGCAUUUGCAGCUGACUCUGACAAUGAGGGAAUGGAUAAGAUUCUGUAA